GAUUUUUAAUAUGUUCGUUUCUGUCGUUAUUGUUCGCUAAAAUUUAGCUUAUUUUACAUUUCAUUGAAAGUUUCAGUUGAAAGGUGCCAUUAUUAUACUAUUCCAAGUAAAUUGAUUCAGGACAAAUAAUAUAGUGAUGAGUGGUCCAUCCGGUCAUUCAUCCGCAAGCAGCUCAGCUGCCGGCAGUAGCUCUUCCGGUCCACCCGUUUCGGUGCAAGAAUUCUCAAUACGGGUUCCUAAAAAUCUGAAGAAAAAACACCAUGUGAUGCGUUUCAAUGCAACGUUGAAUGUGGAUUUUACCCAAUGGCGUGCGGUCAAGAUGGAACGUGAGAACAAUUUGAAGGAAUUCAAAGGGUUUGAAGAGGACAUGCCGAAAUUCGGCGCUGGAUCUGAAUUCAAUCGUGACCUGCGAGAGGAAGCUCGCCGUAAGCGGUAUGGUAUAAUAGCCAAAAAGUAUCGGCCGGAGGCUCAGCCUUGGAUUUUGAAAGCAGGUGGUAAGAAAGAUGGUAAAAAAUUCCGUGGAAUUCGAGAGGGUGGUGUGGGUGAGAAUGCUGCUUUCUACGUAUUCACCCAUGCACCUGAUGGUGCUAUCGAGGCGUAUCCGUUACACGAGUGGUACAAUUUCCAACCGAUACAGCGUUACAAAGCACUAUCGGCAGAGGAAGCGGAACAGGAGUUCAGCAAAAGGAAGAAGGUUAUGAAUUAUUUCUCGUUGAUGUUACGAAAACGUAUGAAGGGUGAUGAUGAUACGGUAGAAGAUCCAGAAGAAGCAAAAGCUAAGAAAGGUGGAACUGGAAAAGCGAAGGAUUUGAAGAUCAGUGAUAUGGACGAAUGGAUUGACUCGGACGAGUUGAGUUCGUCGGAUGACGAUGACGAAGGAAAAUCAAAGGAAAAGGAUAGCGACGAAGAGACCGACAAAAAGGCAAAAAAUAAAAAGAAAGCGCUGGCAGAAAGUAAGAAGAAGAAGCGUGACGUAGAUGAGGAAGCAUUGGAAGAGUCAGAUGACGGCGACGAAGAGGGGCGAGAGUUGGACUAUAUUUCCGAUUCCUCGGAAAGCGAAUCGGAGCCGGAAGGCAAGGCAAACAAGGAACUUAAAUCGGUCGCCGAAGAGGAUGCUCUGCGUAAGUUACUUACCUCAGACGAAGACUCAGAGGAUGAGGAUAAGAAAUCCGAAGAGGAGGACAGUAAAAAAGAGGAUGACAAGAAUGCUAAAUCCAAGGAAAAGGAGAAAGAAGCUAAGGAUAAAGAAUCGAAAGAUUCGAAGAAAAAGAAGAAGAACAAGAAGAAGAAGAAAUCGGAGAACGACAAAAAGGAUUCCUCCAGUGGGUCCAGUUCUGAUAGUUCUGAUUCGGAGGGUGAAAACAGUAAUUCCAAGCAGAAAAAGAAACAUAAGAAAGACAAGGAAGGAUUUGCAUCGAAUCUGUCCAGCGCCAACAAUUCUCGUUCGGCGUCCCCGAGUAUGAACCAGCUGGAGGGGAAUAAACGAAAGAUGGCUGGUUCCAACAUGCCAACGGCGGAUCUGACCGGUUCGGACAAUAGUAACAGUCCGAUGUCGACACCGGCCAAGAAAACCAAAAUGGACUCAGCUCUGGCGUUGCCUCCGACCUUCACCGGACUUGUUAGCUCCAACAGCAAGGACGACUAUGGCAUUACCGAGGAAGCCGUCCGACGAUAUCUGAUGCGCAAACCGAUGACCACAACUGAGCUGCUAACGAAGUUUAAGAACAAAAAAACUGGCGUUUCAAGCGAAAAACUCGUUGAGACGAUGACUGCUAUUCUGAAGAAAAUUAAUCCGGUUAAGCAAACCAUUCAGGGGAAAAUGUAUCUCAGUAUUAAGGUUCCCAAAUGAGUGGACCAGUUGGUUGGUUUACGAAUGCGGUAGGUACCUUCUGGUGUUUAUUUUACUUAGCCCUGAUUUAUGUUGAUUAUUAUAUAGAGGCAAUAUAAAAGAACGAACGGAUUGGAUAA